AUGAAUGAUUAUUACUUCGAAGACGCUUCUCAAGUUGGCCUCGAACCUGGAAAAGCCCUAGCUAUAAAUUGGCCAUCAAUACCUUUAUUAUUAUUGAUUUUGAUCAAUAGAAAGAAGAAAUACCUCGGUGCUUAUACUGUUACUACCAGUUCAACAUAUUUGUCAUCAUUAUGCAAG